AUGCCUACACGCACACCCAUCGUGGCCAGCUUCUCGUUUUCUCUUUCGACGGCGCAGCACCGCUUUCUAUGCAGCUGGCCUACCCGACACUCGUACAUCGGUCACCCGUUAUCUACAGCAUCGCCCUGCCUUGCGCCCUGUUCGCGCAGUGAUCCCAAGAUGGAACCCACUUCAAACACCCCCGCGUUCCCUUCUCCCCGGGCUUCCUCUCAGAGUGUACCCACGUUCCCCGUCGCAGAACCCUUUGAACCGCCUGUAUCCAGCCGGCAGGACCCCUCUGGCACUGUGGACAUGAGCGUCCAUCCAGUCGGCGGUUUCAACGUGCCACAGCAUGAGAGUAUCCAUGUCGUCGCAGGAGAAGUCGUUGAGCCGUCUGAACCUCGCAUAUCCAUGCCCAGCCCCACUUCUUCGAGCAUUACCGCAGUCUCUGCCGAGCAAUCUCCCCCUCAAGAGCCGAUCAACAUCGUCUUUCCCAUCAUUGAGCCCCAUAUCGACCCGGAGACGAACAGAGCGAUGCCUCGCUAUAUACGCGAGUCGCACGCUCUCGUUGCCCCAAGGAAGGGUCGCCAGUUCCCCGUUCUCAAUGCGCAUGACCCCUAUACGAUUCCGGCACUGAACACGACCGAUUUUCCGCAUUGGGUUUGCCCACCCGGAGAGGAGAAGAUGGACAUAGAAAAGUACGGUUGGCGGGAUCUUGUGCAUCCGGAUGGAACAUUGUAUUUCUAUGGACAGUUCAGAUUUGACUCCGGGCCUCUUAGAAUGUAUACUGAGAGCUACCUCCACGGUCACGACCUGUUUGUCGAAACGAUCAGGCUUGCUACAUACAUGUCAAUGCUUGUCAAGGCACUACCCAGCGGCAGUAUCCAUUUCCCUAAUGUUGACCUUGUCAUCAACGUCGAGAUGGGAGGAGAAUACGAUCAGAUUACCUGGAGCUACUACUUCGUGGACCACUCGCGCAAAAUGCUCUUCUGGUUACGGCCGUACAACCCCGAAGUUUCCAUUCGCACCACUCAGCGACUGGGUGUAUCUUCCCCAGACCACCUUUGUCAUCUUCUUCGAGCCAUGUACUGGGAACAUUGCGCUCUCUUCCCACGCCGAGCUAUCUCGGAGAAUACGCACGCAUCGCUGGUGGCCAAUCUCACCUGGUGUGCUUCAAACUCUGUGAUCACGCCGUUGCGUUAUACUGCUCCGUGGACGGCAGAAGAGGCGGCAAAGCUGCGUGAGCAAGUGGACUACCUUCGUGCAGUCAAAACGCAGCCAGACCAGUAUAUCGAAGUAGCAGGACGGACCUUGAGCAUGUUAGAGCGCUGGCGAUAUGACUUCCUCCAUGGCACUCAGGUCGUACGACGCUUCCGCGGACAGACCGUUCUCCCUGCUCGGAAGCAAACAGUGCUUUACAAGUCUCUGCUCCCGCUACUGUUCUAUGCGCCUCUCGCCCAUCUCUACGACUACGAGUCUGUCUAUCUCGACGGAGUUCUCGCAAAUGAGCCCGAAUGGACAAGACACGUGAAGAAGCUGUUGGCUGAGUGGCAGGAGUUCGUACUGUAUGCGACCAUCUUACUCAACGCCAACCUUGCUUUCCUCUCAGUACCAAACACCAUCUUGUUUCCAGACGGCGACAGCUCUAGCAGCGACUCCUCAGCUUCUUCAUCGGACUUCCAACAUGCGCUUGUCUCGCCGACCGCCAUCAUGAGCUACUGUUCCAUGCUGGCCAGCAUUGGCAGCAUCAUCAUCGGCCUCUUGUUGAUACGUCAACACCGCGGCGAAGAGAUCAUGGAUAAUCCGCGAACCGACAAGGACAAAUUCAUGGAGAAGCGCAGGUACAAGAAGUCGGGAUUCGAACUCGUGUCGAUACAGUACAGCUUACCCUAUGCGCUUCUCAUGUGGUCUAUCAUCAUGUUCUUGGCGUCCCUCAUGAUCUUCACUCAGCUAGGAACUGACCGGUACACACGGGGAACAGCACUUGCCAUGUUAGGCGUCGUUGUAAUCUUUGCUAUAUGGUGCAUCCAAUUGGGGUGGGGCACUUCGCAGAACCGAGGCUUCUUCGGCAAAGUCAAAGACCCUUGGGCUCCGUCAACCAUCAAGCGCAUAACUACACGAGCGAAGGCGGGCAUGAGAACCGUGCAGAAGCUUCCGAGAGGUCUUACUCGGCACGGCAUGCUUCUCGGAAGCACUGCCGGUACACUGCGCCAUGAAACGGGCGAAUUCGUGCCAAAGAGUAAUGGCGAGAUGGUAUAA